AUAGACAAGUUCGUAGCUGCAAUGCAAUGGAGGCGGAGGACAGCAUGACAGGGUGUAGGGAACUUAGGUGUAGAAAGGGUUAAAGUUAGAGGGGGUGGUUAAUAGGAUCCUAGAAAUUAACUAUUGGAGGAGGUGAGGAGAGGGGGAGGAGAGUUCAGUGAGCUAGGUGAUGCUGGAGGAGGGGCAGCAUCAGUCCGGGGGAAGAAGCAAGGAGAGAAGUCCUGCAGCCUGUCUGUGUAUCGGGUCAGCGCUCUGGGUCAUCUGUGGAAAAGGCAAGGAAGGGAAGAAAAAUGUCAGAGGUAGCCGGGUUGUUAGCGCAGCUUCAAGCUGUUGCGGAGGUCCACGGCGCGGACUGGCUGCAAAGCCAGAUCACCGCCACUCUGCGGGGGGUGCAGCAGGCCCCGGUCGGGUCUAGGCCUGCUUCAACGCGCGCGAGGCGGUCGAUACCGCCGGAGCGCUUUAGCCCAGAUAAUACCCCCAGGUCACAGCGUCGGGUGCGGAGUCCCAGUAGGCCCCCGUCGGGCCCCCCCGCCAAGCAAUCUCAGUCUGCCACUGCACGGGCGGGGGGCGGGGGGGCGGGAAGCGCGCAGCGCGGGGGAGCCUCUCGGGUGCCCAGGCCUACCUCCCCUGUGUUGGUGCAGGCCCAGAUUCACAUGGCUGUCCCCGGUGGCGAUGUUCCGGUCGGGGGGGCGGCCCGGCGUGGGAAGGACCCUCAGACAGGCGCCGGCCUAGCUCGGUCCACAGGCGGCGGCCUCGCACGCGGUGGGGAUGCGUUCAGGGAUGCAGAUGGAGCGACACCAGGCCAGUCACGUCAGUCGGGAGGUCCCGCCUCCAGGCACCGUUCGGAGUCUGGGAGGGUUGACCGGAGGGGCAGUGGUGCUCAGGCUGCAGCCGCAGUGCUGAGGGAUGAUCUGAUUGAAGAGUUCAGCAGCGAUGGAGACGAGAGCCCUCGGGGGGUGGUGGCUCCCAUACCUGUCACAACGCCAGCUGUGUCCAGAGGUCGGGGAAGGAGUGAGGAGGUUCGUCAACGACCACACGGGCAGGCGGCGACCGGUUCCAGCAGCAGUGAAGAGGGGGAGCUGCCGGAGGACCCCGCGGAGGAUGGACGUUAUGGGAACCUGUCGGCUGGAGGACCUUCACGGCCGCGCCGAACCGAUCCCCAAGGUUGUCUGAUUUGGAUCCUAGGACAUUCAUUUGUGUUUUGGGGGGCAAGAAGGGCGGAUGUCAAGCCUGGGGGGAGACAGCUGGGGGUGCCCAGGGAGGAAGGAAGGGUACGAUGGAUAGGGAUUAGGGGUCUCAUGUGGCAGAAGGUGUUACCCGAGGUUCACAGGGGGGCUAGCUUAGACAGGGCCCCGGACAUUUUGGUGAUACAUGCGGGGGGGAAUGAUUUGAGCGUCCGGCCGAUGCGCCAGGUGAUCAAAGACAUACAAUGGGAUAUACGCCGACUGCGGGCCUCUUUCCCUGACCUGAUCAUUGUUUGGUCAGAUAUUGUGGCUCGCAUGGCCUGGAGGGAGGCCAGGUCAUUGGAGCGUUUGGAUAAGGCCCGGAUAAAGGUGAACAGAGAAGUGGGCAGGUUUGUGGUGCAGCAAGGUGGGAUAGCGGUUCGCCAUUCAGAUUUAGAAGUUGAGACUUGGAGGUACCUGAGGGGGGACGGGGUUCAUCUCAACCCGAUCGGGAUCGAUCUUUGGGCUCUGGGAUUGGAGGAGGGCGUUAGGAGGGCUUUCCUGGUGUGGCGGCGGGCCCAAGUGUGAGGUGGUCCCACUUGUGCCGCGGUGGCGGUGGGUUCCCCUGCCGUUUGGUAGAAAUAGACGGUGGUUAGGUAAAAACGGUGGGGGGGCAUAGUUACAGGGAUGGUGUCUGCCUUGGUGGUCUGGUGUCAGUCUGGACCACCAGGGGAGAAGUGGGUGGGUCUGUGGUCAGCUAGGUCUUCGAGUCGGUAGUCGCGACUGGGGACAUGUCGUUAGCUAAGAGGGUACCACAGGCCCAAAAGAGUGAUCAGGGGUUGUCAGGGGGACUGACAACCAAGGUAUGGUUAAAAGGUUUAACAAUUGAGGAAUAGGUUAAAUAUUUAAAGUUGGGUGAUAUAUAUAUGUAUAUGAUGGUGUAUAUAUAUAUAUAUAUACAGUUUUUUGUAUUUGUUAAUAAAGGCCUACCAGGCCAUUUUAAAUCCAGCAGGUGUCAGUGUGAUUAUUGGGAAAGGUUUAAUGUUAAGGGGUAUAUGCUUGUAUUGGUUGGUGCGGUAAGUUAUCCGGCUGCCCUAGUCAUGC